UAUGAAAUUGAUAAUAUUAACCAUAAUCCAGUCGUAGAGUUUCCGACGUGAAUUUUCGUCUUGCAAUUAGACUCUGAGCCAUGAAGUUGUUGGUACAUCUUGUAAAGAAUGGAAUGGAUUUUCAAGAAAAGGCCGAAACAAGGUCCACUCGCUCUACAAAGGAUGGUCAGAGUAUGAUUGUCGUUCCAGAGGAGAAAACAAUAGCGGUGUAACAACUUCAUCUCAACGAGUUUUUAUUGGAAGAAAACCCUGAGACUUGAUACACUCGAACAAAAUAACAAAGAAAGAAAUAAUUCUGUAGAACAAGUGUCCCCUUAAAUCCUCAUUAGUUUCUGCUAAAAUACACAUUGGUUAAGUCACUGGCCUAAUAAUUCCUGCAUCAUAAAUUGAAAUGCACUAUACUUAAGUAGUAAUAAAAACCAGAAAUAUAAUUUAUCGAGUAACUUUGCUG